AUGAUAUCAUCUUCAUCAGAAAUCGAAUGGGAUUGUCCUGAAUGUCAGACUGCUAUAACUGAUCGACGAAAAUAUUGCAUUAGUUGUCAAUCAAUGCUGAUUUGGACAUGUGUUCCUUCUGGAAAAUCAGAUGUAUUAUAUGCAUCUGCAUAUCCGAAGUUAAUUUUAUUACCUGAUGAUAUGGAUAAUGAAGCUACAGCGUAUGGGCCUGAGCCGCACCACAAGCUAAUUGUUGAUUCUACCUUUAUUGCAAUUCACCAGCCAGAAGAUUCUGACCAACGUAAAGCGUAUUAUCAUGCAAAAAGCCCAACAAACUAUGCAUUUAAAAUACAGAUAACUUGUGAUUUUAAUCAUCGAAUAGUUCAUGUGUCCAAAUGCUAUCAAGGCAGUGUACAUGAUAUUACUGUUCUAAGAGAAUCAGGGUUAUUGGAACAUACAGAAGAACAUGUUCAAAUCAUCGCCGACAAAGGAUAUAUCGGUGGACAAUAUGUCAUAACCCCAAGAAAGAAACCUCGUGGUGGCGAAUUAACACCUGAAGAUAAAGAUUUCAAUCGAUCAAUUUCCAGUGCAAGAGCAGCGAUCGAAAAUAUCAAUCAACGUAUUAAAAGUUAUGCCAUUUUAGGAAGUAUUUACAGAGGUGCCUAUGAUGAUUUUGAUAAGAUUACUCGAAUUACACAUGUAGUCUCUGCACUUUAUAAUCUUAAGUUAAGUAAACAUCCUAUUCGAAGUGAGAGAUAA